ACAUAACCCUUUCCUUAUCUACUCAACUACCGCCGGGGGUAACAAUGCACCCUACCCCUGCACUUAGCCCCGCCUCUAAAGCUUAAAGGGACGCGUGAGCAAGCCACAUAGAAUCACUUGUGUUCUCCGCUCCUUGAGAAUCACACGUUAUAAUUUCUUUUCCAAAUUCCUUAAAAAAGUGACUACCAUGGCUCUUUGGACCCCGUACGCUGAAGAGACUGCUUUGGACUUAUCAAAGCCUGUUGUGAAGGAGGAAAGGCUUUCGCCAGAAGCCGCGUAUCCAGUUGAAACAUUGGAACACCCAUUCUAUGGAUAUCCUUAUAUCCACCAAAGUGCAUCGUUACCAGCGCCAUUACCAGUGCCGUUGCCCAUGGGACAUCCAGUCUAUUACGGCUACCAGUACCCACAGCCAGCCUUCAGAGCGCCUUCAGUCCAGAUGUCUCCCGAAUCUGCAUGCAGCACUUGUUCCGGCUACGAGAGUGCCCCAGCUCCUGCAGUCCCUGUCAGCCCGAGUUAUGGGCCCAAAGCAGUGCCUCUUUCUCCACCAGAAUCUCCAAUUUCACAGAAGAGAUGUUACGCAGACGUCGACGAGUUGUCAGAUGAUCCCAACUACAAAGCAUUCGAGGAGAAUGCGUUGAGAGUGAUGGCUGAGAAGAACGGAGGUGCUCUGUUGGGAAAUAACCCAAGAAUGCGCCGCGCCGUGAAGUCAACAAACCAGGAUUCGGCCAAUGAUUCCUACAGAAAGCAGAGGGAGCGCAACAACUUCGCAGCGAAACAGAGCAGAGACAGGAGGAAGAUGAGGGAAAUUCAUCUCGCGUUGAAGGUGUCUUACUUGAAGAAUGAGAUGGCCAAACUGAAAGCACAGUUGGCUGCGAGCGUGUGUGGACGCUGCCAUCAACAAUGUUGAUAAUAUUUUUAGCUGUAUGCAAUGUAAAUAGAUUUAGCGUGCAAUUCACAUCUUAGUUGUAAUGAAAUGUAAUAUUUGUAAAUGUAUGUGCAAUUUAUUCUAAGUUUGUAAACAUUGUAGUCAAUAACAAUAAGAAAAAACGAAUAUGAUUGGUAUUAGUUUUAAGUUUGUUAUGUGCAAUGUAACUUAGAAAAUGUUAGGUCUAAGUACCUAUGUGACUAUGUAAUGACAUGAACCGAUAAUGUAAGAGAUAACUGUA